UAAACACAAAGCUGAUCAAACGGUCUAUUUGAAGAGUUUGACAUUGCAUCAUCUUCAAUUAAGUAGAAGAAAGAGAGAGAGAUGAUGGCUGCGAAGCUUCAAAGAUGGCGAAAUCUGGCAGGUCGUCUAGAUCUGAUGGCUCGGAGAGAUGCUGUAUCGUCGAGACGAUUCCUGCACGAAGGUCCAGACACCGUGGAGGAGCUUCUCGAUAGACAUCUAGCGAAGAAAGAGAAACCAAUUAUCGACGACGAUGAGGCCGAGUUUUUGAAUAGACGGCGUCUGACGAGCACGCGCCGGGAAGCGCUGAGUUUGUACAGAGACAUAUUACGAGCGACGCGGUUCUUCACGUGGAUUGAUUCUAGGGGAAAUCUAUGGAGGGACGUGUUGAGAGAGAAUGCGAGGAAGGAGUUUGAAGCGGCUCGAUUUGAGACGGAUCCGGAGGUUAUCACAAGGCUUCUGAUCGGAGGAAGCGAUGCAGUUUCGGCUGCUUUAGAUAAGCUUGCGGAGAAGCAAAGGGAGAUGAUCGAGAAAAAACGCCGUGGUGAUCAACCCUGAAUGAUCCUUUUGAGUUUAAAGUGGAAUGCUUAUAGGCUUUCGUAAAUGGUUGCAAGAAGAAGAAGCUGAAAGAUUUUUGGUUUCAAAGAUCAGAUUGGGUUUGAUGCCAUUAGUGUUGUAAUUCACUUACACAUUUCGUUUGUGAAAUUAUCCUUCAUGUCAUUGUAGAGUUUGUAUACACUUUUACAAAGCUAUAAAACAAGGCUUUUGAU